CGGAAUGAAUUGGAUUGGUGGGCGUGUUAGUCCCGGAAACAAGUUUUUAGGUUUGGGCAGUUUGAGUGCUCAGUGAAGGAGAAAAUGGCGAAGGAGUUGUUGACUCUUGAUAAUGGCACAACCUGCACAUCAUGGAACUAUUCUGGCACCAGGCUCGCUGCGGGUUCCGCCGAUGGCACUCUUUCAAUCUUCGAUUCCCGCGAGCCGCCUUCUUCUUCCUCCCUCCGUUCUACUUUCAAAUCUAGGGUUCUAGAAGGAAACAUCGUGAAGAUUGUUUGGAUUCCGCCAGAAUAUGGUGAUGCAGUUGCGUGCAUUUCUGCCGAUGGAAUUGUGUCAUUGUGGGAGGAGGUCGCAGAAGAUUCCCAGUCUCUUCAGUGGAAGAUGUGUAAAAGCUUUGGAAACAGUUCAAGCAAAGUCCUUGAUGUUCAAUUUGGAAUCUCUCUUGCUAGUUUGAAAAUGGUUGCUGCAUAUUCAGAUGGUAAUGUAAGAGUUUUUGAGCUCUCGGAUCCCUUGGAACUGAGAAACUGGCAGCUUCAGGCUGAAUUUCAAAAUGUUAUUGAGUCAGUGUCUUCAUUUGGAAAGGCUUCAUGCCUCUCAGCAUCCAUAUCUUGGAAUCCACAAAAAGGUGGAAGCCAGGAAUCCAGCUUCCUUGUAGGCUUUAAUUCAAAUACACCAGAGCUUAAUUCUUCUAAGGUUUGGGAAUUUGAUCAGGCUCAUCAAAGAUGGCUUCCUGUGGCAGAACUGGCACUGCCUGAGGACAAGGGUGAUCAGGUUUAUGCUGUUGCAUGGGCACCAAAUAUUGGCAGACCAUAUGAGAUCAUUGCGGUUGCAACCCACAAGGGACUUGCAAUAUGGCAUCUUGGAUUGAACCCUGAUCAUGAUGGAAGACUCCCAGUGGAGAGAGUUGCACUACUGUCAGGUCAUGAGGGCAUGGUGUGGCAAAUGGAGUGGGAUAUGAGUGGAAUGACUUUGGCUACUACAGGUCAUGAUGGAAUGGUCCGAUUGUGGCAGUCCAAUCUCAAUGGUGUUUGGCAUCAGCAAGCUGCAUUUGAACCCACUUCUUAGUCACUCGUCACCAAGUUAUACCCAGCCGUUUUAUGUGGAAAACGAAUCUCGAAUGAUAACCGAUAUUUAAACCUCAUUCAAUUUGUCGUAAGCAGUAAGCUGGCCUGGGUUCUCUCUCUCCUUUUGUUUUUGCCCCCCCCCCCCCCCCCCCCCGAAGAAUAGGAUGAAGUGUAUUCUGUUGUAAUUUAGGUGGACAAUAUUCUCGUGCUACAUGAAAGCUGUGAUGCUAGAUGCCUUUCAUUUGCUCUCGUCACCGAUGUACGUUGCUGUUUGUACAAAUCAUGCAUUCGCUUUCUAGUAUGUUUAACGAUAAGAUUUUCCUUGAUGCUAUAUUGGAAAUACACGUUUUACUUUGUCCA